AUGGGAUUUCAAUGUAUGCGUAUGCUGCCGGUGGGCAAUGACAUGUUGAUAGUCAUAGAGAUAGAGAUGGAAGAGGUGCCUUCAGGCUUCAUUGGUGCCUGGGGCCAGUUGUGUGUGCCGGUGCGUGGGUUGGAUGAUGUCGUCGUGACAAAGAGAGGAGGUAAUAGAGCUAUGAAGACUACUGGGCUGAGAGUCAUUACAUCCUUCUCUAUGUUUAAUGAUUCUGUUAGAAAACUAAACAAUACUGAGAAUGAUUCUAAGGAGAAGGACAGGCCCGGUGAAACCAUGGAUCUCCCCAAGUAG